CGUAAAGAUACGAUUAUUCAAAAUUCCUAUUGAUUCAUAUCGUAAUGAUGGCCGACAGAGUUAAAAUAUUGCUGGGGAGAUGUCUUUCAAGAAAAGUGGGUAAUGUUCUAAAUCGAUCAUCUUCCAUACAGAAAGAGAGAACGUUUGCGUCUCUAUGCCAAUCUUGCAAUUAUAAAAGACAUGCUGUGAAGCAACCUCAUACGCAGCCGCUGAGAGAUUACCAUGAGUAUUAUUCUCCAUAUUCUCCUGAUGAAGUCUAUGAUAUUCAUGAAUUUGGUGAUGCAGGGCCUUUAAUAUGCCACAAUAAUGAAGUUGAAUAUUUGAUAGUGGGUGGAGGCGUGAUGGGACUUUCUAUGGCAUUUAAUUUAUGGAGAGAAACAGAAAAUUUUACCUUGUUGAAAGCGUCUAAAUAUAUGGCACCUAUCACUGCAGUCGUAGAACGUGAUCCUACAAUGACAAAAGCAUCAACUGGACUUUCUUUAGGUGGUGUCAGACAACAAUUUUCCCAUCCUGCAAAUGUGAGACUUUCAAUGAAAAGUGCUGAGUAUCUUCGUGACAUUAAAUAUCAUCUUGGGCUUGCUGGGCACGAUGUCCCUGAUAUUCAAUUUCAACCUCAGGGAUAUUUGUUUCUUGCAACAAAAGAUGGAGCUGACAAACUCAUGAAAAAUUAUGAAACACAGAUUGCACAAGGUGCCAAAGUAAUGGUAAUGACGCAAAAUAAAUUAAAGGAGUUGUUUCCUUGGAUUAAUGUUGAAGGAAUCGAACUUGCAACCUAUGGACUUGAAAAUGAGGGAUGGUUCGAUCCUUGGUCUCUACUGACAGCUUUAAAGUCAAAACUCACCAGCUUUGGAACUGAGUAUAUACACGGAGAAGUUGUUGGUUUCAAGAAAGAGAUCCUUAGAAAUUCAGCUGUAUUUUUGCCACAUGGAUCACCAGCAGAUCUCACUGAUAACAUAGAUGGAGUAUAUAUAAAGGUUCCUCAUGUUGAUAAACCUGUUUUUGUGAAAGCAAGAAUUGUUAUUAAUUGUGCCGGUGCGUGGUCAAAGAAAAUUGCUGAACUUGCAGGUAUUGGUGCAAAGAAUCCAUUAUGUGAUCACGAGAUUAUGGAUACACCGUUGCCAGUUGAACCCCGAAAACGUUGGGUUUAUAAUUUUCAUUGUCCAGAUGGCCCCGUAUUUGACUGCCCUAUGUUGAUUGACCCUUCGGGAGCUUAUUUUAGGAGAGAAGGAUUUGGUGGAAAUUACUUAUGUGGGAUGUCACCUCCUGAUGAUGAUUCUAUUGAUCAUUCAAACUUGGACGUUAAUUAUGAAUUUUUUCAUGAAGAAGUUUGGCCAAGACUUGCUCAUAGAGUUCCUGUGUUUGAAAAAUUGAAAUUAAAGUCUGCCUGGGCAGGAUAUUAUGAAUAUAAUACAUUUGACCAAAAUGCUGUUAUCGGACCUCAUCCAUAUUAUAAAGGACUCCAUUUUCUAACUGGAUUCAGUGGUCAUGGAAUUCAGCAGGCAAUGGGAGCAUCUGCAUGUCUUGCAGAGCUAAUCACCACUGGACCCGGCGAUCUAUGCAAUCAAAUUGAUAUUUCAACUUUUUCUUUUGACCGUUUUGUUAUCAAUCGACCAAUUAAAGAGAUAAACAUUGUGUGAUUUACCUAACUCAUUAGAAGAGUUGUUGGUUCAAGUAGGAGCCAAAGACAUCAGAGGCAAAUUUGACUUGUUAUAGUUAAAUUAAAAUGAGCAAAUUUUAUCUUUGUAUAGCUAUGUGCAGCAGGUUUUUUUAGGAGCUUUUGUGCUGUAUUUAAGUGGUGAUUGCAUGGGACAUAGGUUUAUUUACCUCAAGGACAAUUAUUUGUUACAUCUACCAAUAUUUGUAUGUGUCUGAAUUUAUUUUAAUACACCAAACUGCCAAAUAAUUUACUGAUUUAUUAUGGCUAUAUUGUCUGUUUUUAUACCAUUAUAUAAUUGUAAUUUUUGAGCCACUUUACCAUCAAUGUUUAAUGCACAAUUCGAAAUAAUGUUCAAUGAAUUUAGCCAAUGAUCGUGCUUGUUUCCGAGCAUGUUUUACAAAAUUGUAGAUAACUGAGAACAGAGCUGUGGAUUCGUUUGCCAUGUGAGUCGUAUCCUCCCUGAAGUCCAAUUUUACCUGUUUAAUUGUGAUAAUAGGCGUCAAAAUCUUCUACAAAAAACGAUCAAUUUUCAAAGUGUUCUUAUCAUCCUAUUAAAGCUGGAGUUAGGAUAGGAUUUACAUAUUUAUCCCAUGGAAGAGGAAAGGCAGUAGUACGACUUGAUCAUAUGGCGAACCACAGCCUCUCGUCCAGUUACCAGUCCAUGUCGAAUAUGGGAUUAGUUAAGCCAGUUAUUUGUUUUCGUUUUUCCCUGACUAGGAGGCCCUUUGUUAACAAUGUGAAAAACCGCUGCGGUUCCUGUCAAGCUUUUCAUUACCUUUCUAUUUGGUGUUUCAUAUGAUUUCUUAAAACAAAAAAAUGGGUGUUAUUUGAAAUAUACAAUAUGUAAAAAAAUUGGGAGCUCCAGAAGUAUGUGCACCAAGAUGGCGCACAUCUUGAACAUAGUAUGUGUACCAGGUUGUUCGCCAUCUAGGUGCACAUACUUCAGGAGCACCAAAAGUUUAUGUGGUUUUCACUUUUAUUGACAAUUUUCUUCUAUUAUUUAUGUAAAUAUAUUAUUAUUAGUUUCUUGUAUGUGCGCCACAUAUGAUACAAACUUAAGAUUAAGUGUGUCUAUAACUAAAUAGUUUGUUCAAAUGUACAUCUAGGGUUUCAUGUUCAGUAUCAGCUUUAGUGUGAAAUAUUAAAUCUUCCUGAGUAACCAAUGACCGUGACCUAUUGUAAAAAUCGCUUUUUCCGCUAAUACUGACCAAUUAUUUCAAGACUUGAAGAUAGAAUAAGUCUCUAAAAUAGCGUAAGUAGCUCAAAGUCAAGAGUCCAUAAAAUUUUACUGUUUUAUUUUUUUUUAAUUCAUGUGAACACCUUUAUAUAUAAACUUUGACCUCAGUAUCUAUAUAUUUUAGCACUGAUCUCAUUCCAUUCAGGCCAGUGAAUACAUUCUAGUCAAGUGCUUCGGUUCUUAACCUACAGGGCACCAUCUAAAACCACACUGGAUCGUGACAGUAUCACAAGUAGUUACACAAUGCCUGAUAUUGAUGCAAAUGGUGGGACAAGCUCCAAAUGUUAAAUUUUACUCCCUUCUGAUAAGGCUAAAUACAAACACGUUUUGACAGCUGACGUUUUCGUUUACGGAGUUUUAAGAAAUGAUGGUAAUUGGAAAAGACCAGGCCUGCAUUUCUUCAAUAAUUCUUUGCGUUUCCAACUUGUAUAAUUACGCAAUCUUUAAUUCUGCAAAUGCUGUGAACUACUACUGGUACAAGUUCUUUCUGAAUUAUGUGUGUGAACACACUGUUACAAUUUAUCAUUGCGUUAAUUGUUGGUGAUACAAUCCACGUGAUUGCUGGUAUGCUGCAAUAAAAUAUUUAUUCUUACAAUUUA